AUGGACGACUUUAUACUAAAUAUAUGUAAUGUUAAGCCACAAAAACUGAGUGAAAGCAAAAAUUCAAAAAGUCCAGCAGCGAACAGUCACAAGAAGCAUGCAAUGCCAUCUGCCCCUACGUUGGUGCCAACGCCCUUGGAAACUAAAGUCAAGAGGGAACCUGCAGAAAGAUCUAGCAAAGGUGAACUGUAUAGCGAUUCAGAUCCUCAGGAAAAGUUGAUUCGAAGCAAAAAUUCUUUGCAGUUUGGUAUCGAUAACAAGAUGUCAGCGAAAAGCAAGGAGCUAAAUGAAAUGAUGAGUCAUCCUGUGAAACCGAAAAUAGAACCAGUUUUUUCGCUUAAACAUUGGAAGGAUGUAUGUGAAUCACUGGAAAUCCACUCACAUUUAACUGCUUGUCUACUUGAGCGGUUCAAACUGGAUUACCUGACCGCCAUUCAAGAAGCUGCACUCCCUCCCUUAGCCAGUGGAAAAGAUGUCUUGGUGCGUGCCCAGACAGGUUCAGGAAAGACUCUUGCAUAUGCUGUGCCACUGUUCAACCGACUAAUCAGCUUAGAUCCUCCUGUUGAACGCAAAGAUGGACCGCUGGGACUAAUAAUACUUCCUUCAAGAGAGUUAGCAACACAAACAUACGAUGUCUUCAAAAUGCUAUCACAGGCGUGUGUACGCAUUGUUCCAGGAUUGCUGAUCGGAGGGAUGAAACGCAAGUCACAGAAAGCAAGCCUAAGAAAAGGUAUAAACAUUGUAAUCGGUACGCCAAAGCGUAUUUUGGAUCAUAUUGGGCAUACUACUACGCUUAGUCUUCAAGGAAUACAAUGGUUGGUAAUAGAUGAAGCCGAUCGUCUAUUGGAAAUGGGAUUUGAGCGAGAUGUCACACGGAUUGUUCAACAGUUGAUGCAACGGCCUAAUUCUUUUGAAGCAGACCAUAAAACUCAAACUGUCCUUUUGUCAGCAACAUUAUCUCCCGGAGUUGAAGCCCUUGCUGGUCUAACUUUAAAGAAUCCUGUUCGUUGUGUGGUAGGGGAAAGUGAAACUAAGUCUGCAGAUACUGAAAUGCAUGCGUUGACAAGUUCAAGAAAUGGACUUAGUUCUGAAGUUGUUGACAAUGUAGCUGAAUUCGCUUUACCCGCCGGAUUAAAGCAUUUUGUAUUAAUUGUGCCAUGGAAAUUACGACUUGUUUCACUGGCAGCUUUUUUGUUACUCAAAUGUAAAUAUCAUAAAGUCGGUGGGAAGCUGAUUGUUUUUAUGGCAACACAAGAUUGUGUUGAUUUUCACUAUUAUCUCUUCAAAGCAGUAUUGUGCGAUGAAUCUGAAGAACUUAUUUCCAAUAUACCUGUGGUAAAUCUUUCAGUUCAUCGACUUCAUGGUAAUAUGGAACAUAAAGACCGUGAAUCAGCCUACCAAAGCUUUGCUACAAGUCAAGCAGGUAUACUAAUCACUACAGAUGUUGCUAGCCGAGGUUUGGAUUUAGCAUCAGUAGCUUGGGUAGUGCAGUAUCAUGUUACCGGGGGUCCUGUAGAUUAUGUACAUCGUGUUGGACGUACUGCUCGUGCUGGAGGUCAAGGUAAAGCACUUAUCUUUUUAGAACCUGGAGAAACUGGUUUCAUGGAUCUUUUAAAGUCAAGAGUUGGAAUGGAAAUGAAAGAGAUAAAUUUAUCUGAUUUACUUCAGACUGUUCUUUUUCAUCUACAAAAUACCAAACGUCCUGGAAGACAAAGAGUCAUGUGGCUCGUGCAUUCUGUUUACAGAAAACACCAUCUGAUGUAGCUGCUCGAGUUAGAGGUCGUUUUAUAAAAUCUGAUAAACAAGAUCAUACUACAGGAAGGAAACGAAAACGUGAUGAUGAUGGUGAUGAUGAUACAGGUGAAAUAAAUCCUCGAAAAUCGAAGUAUUCAGCAGCUUUAUCAUUUGACGGACAGCCUUCAAAGAAGAAAACUGGGAAAUUUAUAAAACCCUCAGAUUUGGCCAAACGUAAUAUGCUCGCAGAAUAUGGUUUAUAAUUUUCAUGCCGACUACAACUGUACAUUUCUUUUGUAAUAUUAUUCUACCUGAACACUUAUCAUCAUCAUCAUGCGUGUGUGUAUAUAUAUAUAGAAGCGAUCUGUGAAUAUUUCCCUUCUUUUUGUACAGAUAUAUGCAAC